UUGUCGGAUCUGCCGGAUGCUGGUCGUGAGGCUCCAUGCUAUUUUGGGGUCCACACGCGGCAUCGAUGGCAUUGACAUCAUCUUGUCAUAUUUUGUGCCUUCAAUCAGUGGCCUUCCACGCCUUCUCACUGCGACUCGAUGGAGACAUGCUACUCGUACUACCGUGGUACCAUGCACAGGGCUGUCACUCUACUUAUCCAUUUUAAUGCAUCUUGCAAAGCCUCACUGCUCAAAGGUGAAUGAAUAUCCAUAAGUGCAUUUGUUUCCUUUCAUUUCCUAUCUUUCUCUCUCUUCUCAGCUGCUCGUGUGAUCCAGCCCUUCACUUUCACACAGCCGGCAACAGGACCAACAAAAACCUCAAUAGCCAUGAAGGUCGCUCUGAUAGCCACAGUCCUCGGAAGUCUUGCUGCCAGUGUGAAUGGAUAUGUUGUUGAAGCAGAAGACGCCUCUCUCGAAGCCUUAGCAAACCUACGUCGAGCGCUACCCAACUCUCCCAAAGGUUACACUCCGUCUCGUGUCACAUGCCCUCAAAACGCUCCGUCAGUGAGAGCUGCAACGUCCUUGUCAGCGAAUGAAACAGCAUGGCUGGAGAAGAGGAGGAACAAUACCCUCACACCCAUGCGCAAUUUGUUGAACCGUCUAGACAUUGGUAACUUCAAUGCUAGCGAAUACAUCGAAAACCACUCUCACAAUGCUUCGGCCCUGCCGAACAUUGGCAUCGCUGUGUCGGGAGGUGGCUGGCGAGCAUUGAUGAAUGGAGCAGGCGCUCUCAAAGCAUUCGAUUCUCGUACUCGAAACAACACAGGUGACGGUAAACUGGGUGGGCUGUUGCAGUCCGCUACGUACCUCUCUGGGCUCAGUGGAGGUGGCUGGCUGGUAGGCUCAUUGUUCAUGAACAACUUCACAACUGUUGGAGCAUUGCAAGCCGACACUAGUGGCUCGGUGUGGGAGUUUGGGAAUUCUGUCCUCAAAGGCCCAGACACUGGCGGUCUUCAGAUCUUCGACACAGCAGAAUACUAUGCUAACCUUGCUAGCGAUGUUAAUGGCAAGGAUGAUGCUGGCUUUGACGUGUCUCUAACUGAUGUCUGGGGCCGUGCCCUAUCAUUCCAGUUGAUCAAUGCCACCGACGGUGGUCCAAAGUACACUUUCUCCUCAAUCGCCAUCUCGCAGCCAUUCCAAGACGCCAACUCUCCCUUCCCUAUCCUAGUCGCCGACGCCCGAGCUCCUGGCGAGACCUUGAUUCCAGGGAACACGACGGUGUAUGAAUUCAACCCUUUCGAGAUGGGCUCUUGGGACCCGACGUCCUAUGGAUUCGUCCCGAUGAAGUACUUGGGCACCAAUUUCACGGCUGGCCAGGUUCCAAACAACGACCGAUGCGUCAUUGGAUUUGACAAUGGCGGAUAUAUCAUGGGAACCUCGUCUUCGUUGUUCAACCAGUUCAUUUUGAACUUGAAUCAAACAGACAUCCCAGAUACUCUGAAGGGCUUGAUCGCCAACAUUUUGGGGGGUCUGGAUCAGGACAACAACGACAUUGCCGACUACAGUCCAAACCCAUUCUUCCAUUAUCGACCUGAACACAAUCCUUCAGCCAAUACAAGCAGACUUACACUCGUAGACGGUGGCGAAGACCUCCAGAACAUCCCUCUUCACCCACUCAUUCAACCAUAUCGAAAUGUCGAUGUCAUCUUUGCAGUCGACUCCUCUGCUGAUACGACCUACAACUGGCCAAAUGCAACUGCUCUCGUCGCCACAUAUGAGCGGUCUCGAGCUGAUAUUUCCAACAAUACUCUCUUCCCUAGUAUUCCGGACCAAAACACCAUCGUCAACCUCGGACUCAACACACAUCCUACCUUCUUCGGCUGCAAUGUCUCCAACUUCACGGAAGGUUCUCACAUUCCGCCGUUGGUGGUAUACCUCCCCAACUCACCAUAUGUGACCUUCAGCAACGAAUCUACAUUUACCUUUUCGACCAAUAAUUCCUACCGCGACGCGAUCAUUCUGAACGGUCAGGAUGUCGCUACAAUGGGCAACGGCACCGUCGAUGACACAUGGCCCACGUGUGUUGGCUGUGCGAUUCUGAGCCGGAGCCUUGACCGCACGGGCACUGAUGUUCCAGAGGUAUGCCAGCAGUGCUUCAAUCGCUUCUGCUGGAAUGGCACCGUUGAUUCGUCGACACCGGAACCGUACGAGCCAACGCCGAUCCUAGCACAGUUGGACAUUUCCAGCAAGGGAUCGACGAGUCUGUUCAGUCGAUGGACAGCUGCUGCUGCGGCGGCAAUAGCUCUUGCGUCGACGCUGUAAUCUUAAUGUCAAUGCACACUUUUGGGGGUGUCAAUGGAGCUUAUUGGAAUUUUGAUAAACACACGAGCAAGGAAAACAAAUUCACGUUCAAGCUUACUCUGUAUAUGCAAAGGGUAUGUGGGCGAUCGGGUGCUUUUUGGGUAUCUAUACCAGUUUGCUAAAAAGGAUGAAGGAGCUUUGCUAUAUGAUCAUGAUGGCAACGGAAUUGGGCUACACAAAAGGGGUUAACGAGGACAUUGGUAACGACACCUAGCAUUGCGAAGGGAUUUGGGCAUCGGCAAGCAUGGAGCAUACUCUGCUAUAGCCACUGCAUUUGGGAUUGGACCUUGCAAUGACACGUACACCAGAAUCCAUGGGGGAGAUAGGAGUAUAGCAUUGUACAAAAUGAGAUGAUUAAUAGACGA